GCGCGGCGGAGGGCGGGGCGGCGAAGUGCAUAAAAGGGGCUUGGCGGGCCGCCUCGGCGGAUUUUCAGUUGUUCCGCCUUGGAUUUCGUCCGUGCGCUCCCGCUGGUGCUACUGGUAAAACACUGCCAAGAUGUUCGAGGCGCGGUUGGUGCAGGGCUCAGUGCUCAAGAGAGUGCUGGAAGCCCUCAAGGACCUCAUCACCGAGGCCUGCUGGGACCUGGGUUCGGGCGGCAUCAGCCUGCAGAGCAUGGACUCCUCGCACGUCUCGCUGGUGCAGCUCACGCUGCGAUCGGAGGGCUUCGACACGUACCGCUGCGACCGCAACAUCGCCAUGGGCGUCAACCUGUCCAGCAUGUCCAAAAUCCUGAAAUGUGCAGGGAACGAGGACAUCAUCACCCUGCGGGCCGAGGACAAUGCUGACACCUUGGCGCUGGUGUUCGAGGCACCCAACCAGGAAAAAGUUUCUGAUUACGAGAUGAAGCUGAUGGAUCUCGAUGUGGAGCAGCUGGGAAUCCCAGAGCAGGAGUACAGCUGCGUGGUGAAGAUGCCCUCGGCCGAGUUCGCGCGCAUCUGCCGGGACCUGAGCCACAUUGGCGACGCCGUGGUCAUCUCCUGCGCCAAGGACGGCGUCAAGUUCUCGGCCAACGGCGAGCUGGGCAACGGCAACAUCAAACUGUCCCAGACCAGCAACGUGGACAAGGAGGAGGAGGCUGUGAGUGGGGAUGCGGGGCCCUGGGCUCGCCUGCAGAGCCGGUUCUCUGCCCUCUGGGGGAUCCUGGAGUUGGGAAGGAUUUGGGUUGGAAAGGGCCUUUGUAGAGGUCACCGAGGUCACUGCAGUGAGCAGGGACAGGGCCAUGGAGCCCCCGAGUCCCUCCAGCAUGAGCCUUACCCUGGGAGCUGCAACAGUGCCAGGCAGGCUGGGAGCAGCCAUGGCCUGAGCUGUGCCAGGCCUCUGGAAUCCUCUCCUGCUUGCCCAGGUUACAAUAGAGAUGAACGAGCCGGUGCAGCUGACCUUCGCCCUGAGGUACCUGAACUUCUUCACCAAAGCCACCCCCCUGUCCCCCACGGUCACGCUCAGCAUGUCUGCAGAUGUUCCUCUGGUUGUGGAGUACAAGAUCGCUGACAUGGGACACCUGAAGUACUACCUGGCCCCGAAGAUCGAGGACCAGCAGGAGGGCUCUUAACUGGAGCAGGACUGGGGGAGAUCUGCUCCUGGCUGGAGGCAGCAAUUCCAGAGCCUUGGAGCAUCCUGGGAGCACUGUAGCUGUGUCUUGUAGAUAUCUUUGUAAAUAUUUUUCAACUCGCUGUUUUGCUAUUCUGCUGUCAUUGGAAAUAGGAAAGCUGAGUUUUUCUAGUCUGUUCCUGUACUCCCAACAAUCUCUUGGAUGCUGUUGAAGGUGAAAUUUCGUACUCCUUGCAGCUGCUCUUGGAGAAGAGGGGCAAUAUUUAAUGGGUCAAGAUGUAUCCUGGAGUUUCCCCUGUGGAGCUGUAGCUUAGGGUUGCUGUUUUAUUAUCCCACCAGUUUAUGUGACCUUACUUCAUUUAUUUUUGAAGCCGAUAAUUCUGACUGAAACUCAGAAAAUGGAAAUAAAGAAUAUAAUUUCCUGGA